AUGCUCGGAGCCCCCGCUCCUCCGAAACACCGCCCCCCCACCCGGCACCGCACCGCGCCGCGUUUCUCCCGCGGAGCGGAGAACCGCAGGGCCGGGUUGCCGGGGCCCGCCGCUCGGCACGGCACGCGCCUAUCAGUUCAUCAAUGGGCGGGGGAGGGGCCCCGAGCGGGCGCGCACACGCGCAUCGCCGCCACCCAGCACACCCCCGCCCCUCCCUGUCACCCCCCACCACCACCAUCGUCCUCCCCAUCAUCACCCCCCCUCCGCCACCCAUCGCCGCCACCCAGCACCCCCAUCUGCACCAUCACCACCAUCACCACUGUCAUUACGACCGCCGCCCUCAGCACCACCAUCACCCUCAGCACCACCAUCCUCAUCAUCCUCAUCACCACCACCACCUUCAACACCACCGUCACCCUCAUCACCGCCAUCACCCUCAUCACCAUCACUACCAUCCUCAUCACCAUCACCCUCAUCACCACCACCCUCAUCACCACCGCCGCCCUCAACACCACCAUCACCCUCAACACCACCACCGUCACCCUCAGCACCAUCAGCACCACCACCAUCCUCCUCACCAGCACCACCACCCUCCGCACCACCCUCCGCACCACCACCCUCAGCACCAUCAUCUUCGUCACCACCCUCAUCACCACCGGCCGCCAUCCGUCCCCACCACAAUCCAAUAAAUCGCGCGGCUCGUCUGGCCUCAGACGUGUUCAGCAACCCAAGCCCCGCCGCUUUUGUUCCGCCAAGUCUCACAUUGUUUUGUCCGGCUGCGGGGCCGGCCCGGCGCGGAACGCGGGGGCUCCGCGGGGGCUCCGCGGCGGGGCACGGCCGGGGGUGGGGGGCGGUUGGAGGGAGGGGGCGGGGGGGGCAGCCGCGGUUAAGCCCGGCGUCGGCGGGGGGAAACCCGUCCCGGCCGCCCCUCUUUCCCCCGGGGUGACCCCCGGGGAUCUUCAGCCCGCGGCGGGGGAUGCGCCCCUAAGGCCGGCCGGUCCUGCCUGUGCUGCCUGCGCUGCCUGCGCUGCCUGCACUGCCCUCCCUGCCUGCGCUGCCUGCACUGCCCUCCCUGCCUGUGCUGCCUGCGCUGCCCUCCCUGCCUGCGCUGCCCUCCCUGCCUGCGCUGCCUGCACUGCCUGUGUUGCCUGCGCUGCCCUCCCUGCCUGCGCUGCCCUCCCUGCCUGCACUUCUCUCCCUGCCUGCGUUGCCCUCCCUGCCUGCGCUGCCCUCCCUGCCUGCACUUCUCUCCCUGCCUGCGCUGCCUUCCCUGCCCUGCCUACAGAGCCCUCCCUGCCUGCCCUGCCCUCUCUGCCUGCGCUGCCCUCCCGACCCUGCUCACCUGCCUGCUCUGCCCUCCCUGCCUGCGCUGCCUGCCCUCUCCGGUUCGCCUUCCAUGCCCGCCUGCCUCCCCUGCCCUUUGCUGCCUUCCGUGCCCUUACCUGCACACACACCCCCCCUCAACCCCCCCGGGGCUCCCCCCCAGCCUCCGCAGCCCGCGGGUCUCGGCGGCGGCCCCGAGCCGGAGGAGCGGGGGCCGUGCCGGGCGUAAGGAUAUAUAGGAGCGGCCGAGGAGCCUCCACGUAGCCUAUACGUAAAGUAUACGUGUUAUAUUUAAAUAAUAAAAAAAAAAAAAAAAGAAGAAGGAAAAAAAAAAGAAAAAAAAAAGUUGCGAUGCAAAUGCGGGGCCAGCUCCAUCGCAAAAGCGGCGGGUGGGGAGGGGGGGGUGGCUACGGGGGGUGGGGUGGGGGGAGCCGCGCUAUUUCCAAGCUUCCUUAACCUAUGGAUUGCUCGAAAUCGAUGGGCAAAGCACAGCGAGCCCGGCAAUUAGGGGCUCAUUACCAUAUAUGCAAAUAUGGCAACCUCUCUGGGCAGCCGGGGAGGGCUGGGAGGCGGCGGGCGAGGAAACGGCAGCGGGGUUUGGGGCUGGAAAUUGGGGUGAGGCGGGCGGGGAAAGGGGGCGAAGGAAAAGGUUAUUUGGGGGGUGUUUAAAAGAAGGGGGUGCACAAAGAGCUCUCGGGGGCGGGGGGGGGGGGAAGACAGACACGCGCGUGGUUGCUCCGAAUUUGCUCCUUCAUUAAAAUCAAAUUCUCUCUUUUCGAAAUAAACGCACGGCCCAACCGUCGUGCCCCCAACCCCGCGGACUCCGAGGAGCCCCCCCCCACCCCCCGGCAAAGCCCAGGCGGUGCCCCGGGCAUCGCUGCGGGCUGCAGCCUGGGAAAUAACCCGGGAACGGGGGGGAACGGCGGGGGCCGGGCACCGGAGCCCCUCCUGGGACCGGGCCGGCCCCGCACACAAGCUGCGGGGAGUAUUUUAAAGGUAACUUGCUGACUUUUUCUAUUUUAUUUUUUAAAGAAAUCCGCCGUAAACCGGCGAUUUUUUCCGGCGCUCACGCUCGAUCGCGCCUUCCCCUUGUUGCAAUCAAGAGUUACCUGCGGUUUUUAUAAGCGUCGGCGGUGGGGUUUGGGGUUUCGGGGUUUUUUUUUGGUUUUUUGGGGUUUUUUUUGCCUUAAUAAACACAGAUUAGGAGCAAAGUCCCCCCUGGAAUUUACUGAAUGCUGAGCAAAGCUGGGGGUGUCCCCACGGGAAGCGGAUUUCCCCCACGGCGGCGGUCGGAGGCGGGGGGGGGGACACACAUUGGCAUCGUCUCCCACCGUGGCGUUUUAUGAAGUUAUACCUGGCUCUCUGCUUUACCCCCCCUCUAUUUGGGAAAUGACUUUGUUUUCCUCCUUCCACAAACCCUGAUCAGGGCUUAUUAAAGACGAAUAAUGCCCAUUUCAAGUUAUUCUCCAAUUUUCUUCCCUAUUUUGUAUUUAUUUUGGUUUGUUUUUUCCCUCCGCCCCUCCAGUGAAUAACAUUUUCUCUAUUUCGCCGGCUACCCAAACCUCAAAAUAACGACACGGAAAUGUAAUCCGCAAUCGAUUCCUUCCGCUAAGCGUGUUUUGGGGGUUGCUUGGAAUAAUAAAAGUAUAUUAAAAAAAAAAAAUAUCCAAAGUCAGCAAAACCGCCCCAAAAGCUCCCGGGAGGUGGCAAACCCGGCCGGUACCGUGCGGCCGGGAUAUUCCUGCUCCUCUCCGCUGCCAGCCGCAGGCAAGCGCAACAGACGUGGGGAAAGAGUUACCGACGACCAACGAGAUGAAGCGUUUUCCCAGCAAAAAAAUCCUCAUUCCAGACCCGAGAGGCUUCGGCGAGCGAGGACGGCGGCUUCGCCCAUCGCAUUACGCUUAAAAAAAGUGCAUUCUUUUAUUUUCCCCUCCUUACCCCAAAGCAGCAGUUAAAGAAAUUGGCGACUUUUGCCUUCAGAGGAGGCUCGGGUGCCGCUCCGCUCCGCGCUGGGUGCCCGCACCUUCAUUUCUUUUUUGUUUUUUUUUGGUUUUUUUUUGUUUUUUUGGCUGGCAAAGCUGGGCUUGAUUUUCUCUUAUAGCGAACCUUAAAGGGGGCAGAGAGCCGUAAAUUCCCCCCAGUUUGUUUUGGGUUUGUUUCGGGUUUUUGUCGGAAUUCCCUCUGGACUGAGGGAGCAAGGGCUGGCUCCUCCGCUUGAAGGCUCGCAGCCUCUGCCGCAGCCCAGGAGUUUCCUACCCGUCUCGGCUCCCACUUAUUUAUUAUCUUUUUUUAAUCUCUUUUCCCCAGCGCCCGUCAUUUGCCGUGAAAAGGGGCGUUAUUUCAGGGCAACGGGCGUUUGAAACUUAUUUUUUUAAGCGAGCUCUCCCCAUGGAAGGCAAGUUGCGGGUUGCGGCGGGCGGGGCGGGGGGGGUCGGUACUUAAUCUCAGAUGAUCCAGGAGGAUUUUUCACCUCGGAAAAACGGGAGUUUCGGCCGUCGGUGUCCCCGGGGUGGGGGGGGGAGGCAGGGGACCCGCGGGGGCCGCCCAGCCCCGCGGUAGUUGCGCGCAGCGCCCCCCCCGCCCCCCGCACGGAGCCCCCGCACCGAUUAAAAAAUACUUGUAUUUUUUACAACAAUAUUUAGUACAACCCCUCCCCCCCCCCAAACCUAAAGCAAACCCCUAAUUCUGCCCAGCAACGGUGUACGGAGCACAAGGCGGGGGGGUGUGUGAGGUGUGUCCCCCACCCCGGGCACACACCCCCCCCGGGGACUGGUGUGCAGUGUGUGUGUCCGUCCCCCCCUCCCGGAUUUUAUUUUGAGGAGUCCCUGCAAGGUCCUGCAGCCCUGUGGGGUCUGGGCUUUAUGCCCCCCCCCCCCGACCCCCAGACCCUUCCCCACCUGCAGCCCCCAGCCCAGGUCAGACCCAGGGAGCUGCAAAGAGGGGGAUGCCUGGCUGCAAAGGGGGGGCCGAUUCACCAGCACACCCCCCCUCCCUUCCCCCCAAAUUGCUCAGAAACCCUUGGCGGGGCGGGGGGUGCAUAUAACCCUUAUCCGUGUGUGCCCCAUGCCCGUACCCAUGGCACGCAUGGGUGCGUGAUUUCCAUACAGCUGCACGCGCGCACACACCGGCUCCAUUCCCCCCCCACCCCCCCCAGCAGCUCUGGGCUCCCCCCCCCCGGCGCAGGACACCCCCGCGGGGAGAUGUUCUCCCUGCCCCCCGUGCAGGCGGAGGGGCAAAAUACCCACCCCCAGAACGCUCUGCCCGCAGGUUUGCCCCCCUCGGGGCAAAGAAACGGGUGAUGCUUUUGCUCACAGACGGGUGCUGGACCCCGGUGAGCACCUCCCAGGGUUUGCAGCCCGCGUGUUCCUCCGGUGGGAUUUUUUAAGGGAAAUUCCCUCUUUUUUUUUUUUUUUUUUUUUUUUUAGGCCCACCAGCUCAGAAAGGCUCCAUUCGGGAGAGGGUUGAGCUGGGGAAGAACCGCCACGUACGGUUCAAAGAAGAUUUUGGGGCUUUUUAAGUAUUUGCACGGUGACUCCAGACGAACACGUGCUUAUUUUCUAUAAACCGCGGCCCCUCGAAGCCCCCGGCGGCCGCUGCCUCUCGAAGCGCGGACGGCUGACGGGGUGUGACGUCCAGAUACGGGGGUUUUGUCUGCCAUUCUCCUUGGUGGCGCCCAGUGGUGUCAAAAUUUGGGGUCCGGGUGUCUGGUUGGCAGCUCGGAGAUUUGGGGGAGGCCUGGAGCUGGGCGAUUUCUAAAGAAAUCUUUGUCUCGGCGCUAAAAAAGCCCAAUUCUGGGUACCGCUCUCUACCGCAAGCGCCUGCGUUCGCUGGGCAUCUCUGCUGCCGCCGCCUGGGCCGCCCGGUGCCACCCCUCCAGCAUCCCCCAGACAAAGAAAAAUUGCAACAAAAGCUGCAUUUUUUUGAAGCAAGCGGUUGCGUGUUGUGGCAGAGAAGCCGCGGGGUCGUUCCGCGUCCCCCCUCCCUGGCUGCUGCCUGUCCUGGGCAUCCUCUGCUCCAUCCUCAACCAAAGCGUCCACCUGCAACCAUGGAGAGAUAAACCCGGAGCCAGCUCCGGGCUGGAAAACCUCCUGCCUUCCUCCUGCCUCCCCCCAGCAAAUAUUUCCUACCCCAGGCGGAGAUUUUUAAUAGUUCGCCCAAAAGGUUAAACCGCCUUCAAAAGCGCCCCGAUAACCUGGGGAGCGUCACAGGGGAACG